UUUGCUCAAUAGCUUGACAACUGGCUGUUGCACUCAUUGAUCUCUUCGCACACUGCCAUCUUGUCGUCAGCCUUCAGCAGCAUGAUAUAGUGCAUGCACAUGUACACAUACACACCCCCCCCACACUGUUUUAUAUUGUAUAAUGGAAGCAUAUUUCCAAAACUCAGUAGGGGCCAGCCUUAACGUUACCUUGAACAUGUGCUUGAACUGGAGCAGAUAUGCUUGUUUGUUAUUCUUUAAAUAGCAGCUCUGUGUAUGUGUGUGUGUAUGAGAGAGAGAGAGAUUGAAACUGCAGUGUGGAUGGAGGAAGGCUUCAGCUCUUCACCACCACCACAGUCCUAAUCCAGAUCAAAAUAACUCUCACAUGGCCGCAAUUUUUUUUUUUUGGAGGGGGUGGGUGGGAGCGUCCAUUUGCUUUCUAUUCUACAGCAAAUAGCAGCUCUGUGUGUGGGGAGGGAGGACCAUGGUGGACAUCAGGACCAUGGUGGGAUUGUGCCAUGGCCACAAUCUGUAUCAUACCCCAGCUGCUAUUUAAAGAAUAAUUAAAAAGGCACAUCUACUUAAAGCUGAUGCUUAAUGUGGAAUAUGCUGUUGGGGCCAAUAAUAUGACUCUGCUUGAGGUCAAACGAGAUAGUCAUUGGAAAAUUUCUACUCUGGAAUUGUGGGUCUUCACAGAACACAAAGAGCAUGAGCAAAAGCAGCUAAGGAGUGCCUCUGGGGGAAAAGCACCUGCCCUCGAAGAGAAGGUGGAGGGAAGGAAGAACUCGGCAGUAGCAGAUGUUUUGCAACGACCGCCACAGUGAGAACAUGAGGACUGCUUCGCAGGUUACCUGUGAGGACUCAGGAGGGGUUGUGAAACGAAGAUGUCGGCGAGGAAAAGUCCUGCUCCUUUGUGCAGUGCUGCUCAGCGCUCUCCUUGGCCUGGUGCUACUUGUUGUCUUUACCAUCGUUACAUGUGACCUGGAAACCUGCAAUACUGCAGAGUGUCUUGUGCUCUUGGAGAGGUUGAUGUUGGCCCAGAAUGACACCAUAGAUCCUUGUGAAGAUUUCUUCAGUUAUACUUGUGGCAACUGGAAAGCUAACCACACCCAGGGAAUGAACAUGGUGUUGUUGAAUGUCUUUGAUGUACUCUUGGAAGAAAACCAACUGAUCAUGAAGAGGCUCUUAGAGGAGCCACAAUUUAGGAUUGCCAACUCUUCCAAGGAGAAAGCUGUGCGGUUUUACAACUCUUGCAUGGAUACUGCACGGAUUGAAGCUCAAGGGGCUCAGCCCUUGAAGAAGCUCAUAAACGAGGUUGGUGGCUGGAACAUCACAGGCUCCUGGAAGGGGACAGACUUUAACCAGACCCUUCGGAUACUCAUGGGGAGAUACAACACUUACCCAUUCUUUAAAGCAUAUGUGGGACCCAGCCCCUCUGAUCCAAACACCAAUAUUAUCCAGAUUGACCAUCCAGAGUUUGAGUUGCCAUCAGAUACUGACUCAAAGAAAAUAGAAAAUUAUCCCCAGGUGCUACGUACAUACUACUUGUACCUGAUCAAACUGGGAGACCUGAUGGGUGGGCACAAAAGUGUUACUUCCACCUACAUCGCCUUGGCAUUGUCGUUUAUCUCCAACCUCCAGAAAGCAGUUACCCCUUUGAAGAAGCGGCAGGAAAAAAAGAUGCUGUUCUACCCCACCAACAUCAGUGAACUGCAGGUAAAGGCUCCUGCUAUUGACUGGCUCUCAUGCCUCCAGGCAGCUUUCCAUCCUGUGCAGCUGAAUGUCUCUCAGCCAAUUGCUGUGCAUGACAUGGAUUAUUUGGAAGGCAUGUCACAACUGAUUGGCGAAUGGCAGAAUAAAAGAGAUGUCCUACAGAUCUACAUGAUACUCUGCCUGGUUGAGAAUCUGUCCCCAGCCUUGAGCAGGCAGUUCCAGGAAGCUCGUCAGGAGCUGACAAAUACGCUAUAUGGCAGGAUAACAGAAUCGGAAGUGGUAAGAACUGAACGUUGGAGGAAAUGCCUGAGUGAGACCAGCACCUUCUUUGGUCCCAUACUUGGAGAGAUGAUUGUGCAGGAGAUUUUCCCUCCAAAAGCCAAGGAUCUCGUAGGUUCUACAAGAUUCCUUAUUGUUUUUGCUGCGAUUGAUGAAGAGGCUGAGCAGAUGUUCUCCGAGAUCCGAGAUGCCGUCCACAGCCAUCUGGAUCACGUGGAGUGGAUGAGCAAGCAUUCUCGCCAGGAGGCCAAAGAAAAAAUUUAUAGCCUCCAAGUGGAGAUUGGCUAUCCAGAGAGCAUGCUCCAAACCAAUGAAGUGGAUCAUGAUUAUCAAGAGCUGGAGAUUUAUGAAGACAACUUUUUCCAGAAUGUGAUUGCCUGCCUGAAAUCUCUGCAGAGCAGGUUGUUGCUGAGACUUGUCAAUCCCCAUCUACAGGACAACUGGGAAGUUGUCCCUUGGUCUGUCCAUUCCUACUACUCACUGAGGCGUCAUGCUGUUGUUUUCCCUGCCGGAAUGUUUCGCAGACCCUUUUUCCAUACUGAAUUUCCCAGUGCUGUGAACUUUGGAGCCAUGGGUUUUUUCAUGGCACAUGAACUGCUACAUGCCUUCCAGGAUUAUGUAGUGUUGCCCGAGAGCUGUCCUGCUUGUGACAUGAAAGCACUGGCACAAAGUACAGACUGUCUUGUGAAGCAGUACGAGAUGUACUCCCUGAAAGGCCACCACAUCAAUGGCUCCUUCACCUUUCUGGAGAACGCAGCUGACACGGGGGGACUCACCAUUGCUUACCAGGCCUAUAAGAACUGGCUGGCAAAGCACAGAUGCGUGAAGGAGCUCUCCUGGCCUGGGCUAUCACACCACCAGCUCUUCUUCGUCGGCUUUGUGCACGCAAUGUGUGGACACCAGAGCCUUGAGGGGCUGCAAACUUUCUUGCAUCGGGUUCUACACAGCCCGCCGCCCCUCCGUGUCCUUGGGUCCUUGAGCAACAGCCAGGAUUUCUCCAGGAGCUUCAACUGUCCACGUCAGUCACCAAUGAAUCCAGCUCUGAAGUGCCGCAUCUGGUGAAACAACCUGAAGAGAAGGUGGAACCACUAGAGUCGGAGACUAAAGCUGUGGCAUCAUGUAGUUCUGAUGAUGUUAGCCCUGCCUGCAGCAGGCACAUAGCCCAUUUCUUCUCUGGGCAGUUACCAGGUCAAGGUGGAAGAAGGUUCCAGUCUAGGUACUCGAAGGGAAGAGGCUACAGAAGAUUCCCGCAAUCUAUAAACGCUCCACCACUUUUUCCAUUCUAACCUGCCUUAAGGUUUUUGAGAACUGAAGAUCAGUUGACAAGAUCUCUGGUAACUGUGUCCAGUGGACUCUGUACCAUUUUCAUUCAAAGAUGAAAAUGUCCGUGAAAGACUUUCCAACUACUAUAAACGUAUGAGAUAACGAGACACUUCUGUUCAGACAUCAUGCCAAACAAUGGUUUGUGCUAAUUGUAGUUUAGAACCAGAACCAUCACCUAAUUCUCAUUGAGGUGAUAAAUCUGUUUCUAGACUUUUCCACUUCAGACUUCAAGUGGGGUGGCUCUUAUAGCUGAAAGCUCUUCUAUACAGAAAAUGCCCUUAAAGUAGGAAACUAGAUGAGAUGGAGAAGAGUUCUCACUAGUCUUAUCUCUGACAGGCUAGUUCAACAACUAAAUUCAGGCUUGUUGCUGUGAUUUGCCAAUUCAGACAUCACAUCCAGCUAUAUUUAAGCUAUGGUUUGGUGUGAUAUUUGUGCUACAUGUAAGUGAAUCUACAUUGUUUAUUAAAUGUGCUGUUUUUUAUUUCA